ACACAUUGGGCGUAGCUGAUAAGGAAGGAUUUAUAAUUCACCUCAGCAGAUCUGGGUGGUCAGCAGAACCAAGUCAAGAUGCUCCCAUUUGUUUUGGCAUCGGUGCUCAUUGCUAGCGCUCUGGGGUGCGGGGUUCCCCCCAUCGAGCCCAUCACCACCCGUGUGGUCAACGGAGUGGAUGCCAGACCUCACAGCUGGCCCUGGCAGAUCUCUCUGCAAUACCUGCGAGAUGGAGAGUGGAGACACACCUGUGGAGGAUCCCUGAUCGCCACCAACUGGGUGAUGACUGCUGCUCACUGUAUCAAUACACAGAAUACCUACCGCGUGUAUGUUGGAAAGUACAACCUGGUGGAGGAGGAGGCUGGGUCCAAGGCCAUCAGCACUGAGACGAUUGUGGUGCACGAGAAGUGGAAUCCCAUCUUUGUGGCCUUUGGGAAUGACAUAGCUCUGAUUAAGCUGUCCGAGCAUGUGACCCCAAGUGAGACUGUGCAGCUCGCCUGCAUACCUGCCGCUGGAAGUAUCCUGCCCAAUGACUACCCCUGCUACAUCACCGGCUGGGGCAGAAUCUUCACUGGUGGCCCCAUUGCUGACAAGCUCCAGCAGGCUCUGAUGCCCGUGGUGGACCAUGCCACCUGCACAAAGUUCGACUGGUGGGGUCCAGCUCUGAGGGACACCAUGGUGUGCGCUGGAGGAGAUGGCAUCGUUGGUGGCUGCAAUGGUGACUCUGGUGGUCCUCUGAACUGUAAGAACUCUGAGGGUGUCUGGGAGGUCCACGGUAUUGCCAGCUUUGUCUCAGGCCUGGGCUGCAACUAUGAGAAGAAGCCCACCGUCUUCACCCGUGUGUCUGCCUUCAAUGACUGGAUCGACCAGGUUAUGCUAAAAAACUAAAGUGGAACAAGCAUGAAAUAAUUUCAAUAAAUGCUUUUAAAAAGUU